AUUUUCUGUCUUGCUCCAGGAAGUUUAAGGCUCGCUACACGAUCUCUUAACGCUACAUUACAACCUGGGUGCCAGGCAGCACGGAAUAGCUCCACAGGCAACGCCAGGGUCGCUUCUUGUGUAGAUGUCUCGUGUGUGACGGGGCAAAGAUGGCUGGAGGCUUCGCCCCUCCGAAAUUGGCGGAGUUUAUUUUGACUGAGAGGCUAGGCAGCGGUACCUAUGCCACGGUGUAUAAAGCGUACAGGAAGAAGGACACUAGGGAGGUGGUGGCGGUGAAGGUGGUUGGGAAGAAGGGUCUGAACAAGGCUUCAGUGGAGAACCUGCUGACUGAGAUCGAGAUCCUGAAGACAGUGCGGCACCCACACAUUGUCCAGCUCAAGGACUUCCAGUGGGACUCAGAGAACAUCUACCUGAUCUUGGAGUUCUGCUCCGGAGGGGAUCUGUCCAGAUUCAUCCGCAGUCGCCGGCUUCUCCCUGAGCGCGUGGCUCGAAGCUUCCUGCAGCAGCUCGCCUGUGCUCUGCAGUUUCUCCACGAGCGCAACAUCUCGCAUCUGGACCUGAAACCUCAGAACAUCCUUCUGAAUGGAGGGCUGCUCAAACUGGCAGAUUUCGGUUUUGCUCAGUACAUGUCUCCCUGGGAUGAGAAGCACGUGUUGCGGGGCUCUCCUCUCUACAUGGCUCCUGAGAUGGUGUGUAGCCAGCAGUACGACGCUCGUGCUGACCUCUGGUCAGUGGGGGUCAUUCUCUACGAGGCCCUGUUCGGACGCCCUCCCUUUGCUUCCCGUUCCUACACUGAGCUGGAGGAGAAGAUCCGCAGUGACAAACCCAUUGAGAUACGCCCGAGUCCGCAUGUCUCCAGGGAGUGCAGGGACCUCUUACUGCGGCUUCUGGACAGGGACCCUGAAACUCGCAUCUCCUUUGAUGAGUUCUUCACACACCCCUUCGUGGACUUGGAGCACAUGCCCAGCGCAGGGAGUCUGGGCCGAGCAACAACGCUGGUGUUGGAGGCUGUGCAGAAAGACCAGGCUGGGGAGCACUCUGGCGCCCUCUCUCUGUACUGCAGGGCACUCGAACACUUCGUCCCUGCCAUCCACUAUGAAGCAGACGCCCAGCGGAAAGAAGCCCUCAGGUCAAAGGUGAAGCAAUACGUCUCCCGGGCUGAGGAGCUGAAGGCACUGGUAGCUUCGGGUAAUAAAGUCAGCUUUGAGCAAGACAAGUCUGCCAGGGACAUUUUAAAAGAAAUGUCCCGUGAUCGCCCGCGGCUCCAUGCAGCCCUGGAGGUGGCAUCAGCAGCUGUAGCUCAGGAGGAAGAGGGCGAGGAUGGCAGCGGCACUCUGGAUCUAUACCAGCAGAGUCUGGGGGAGCUGCUGCUCAUGCUGGCUGCGGAACCCCAAGGCAGACGGAGGGAUUUGCUUCACAGUGAGAUUAAGAGCUUGAUGAGCAGAGCAGAGUACCUCAAAGAGCAGCUGAAGAUGAGAGAGGCCCAGACUGAAGCCACGAUGGACAGGGAGCCUCUCUCGGAGUCUGUCAGAAGCUCUUGUUGUGUGCAGUGACUCGGCCAGCUCCCUGCAGCUCUUCUUCCUUGUAAUGAGGGAGCACAAGCAACUCACCCCCAGAAAAAGUCCCAGGGACCCCAGCAACUCACCCCCUGAACAAGACCCAAGGAUACCAGCACUUCCCAGCAACUCACCCCCUGAACAAGACCCAUGGACCCCAGCAACUCACCCCUUGAACAAGACCCAAGGACCCCAGCAACUCACCCCCUGAACAAGACCCAGGGACCCCAGUCUGGCACAGAUUCCUCAGGACUGCAGCAAGCUCAAGACAAUAUCUGUCCCAGAGAUCUGCUGAUCAAGGCAAUAUAUCUGUGAUGUCAUGAAGCUAUAGUAGUUCAGUAACCCCUAUUUCCAGAUACUUUGAAAUUCAGUUCUAUGAAAUGUCUUUAACAAAGAGGAAUGGAUGUGUGUGAUGCAGAUAGUAAACAAGAUGUGGUCACCCGAUUUAACAAAGAGAAACCCUAGUCUGAAUAAGAUCUGGUAUUGCCUGUGAUGUCUAACUAAUGGGACAGUAAUGGGAUCAAAAUUUUUACUUAAACAAUUGAGCGCAGUGUUAAACAGUUAACUGCAAUAUUGCAGCAUCCAAAAGGGCAAACAAUGAUCAAAAUCGAUCAAGUUCAAAAGUGUUAUCUGAAUUCUCAUGAAUCCAGUAGGACAAAAGAAACUAUGGACUAGACUUUAGUAUUGAAAAGGAAUCAGAACAACACCUGGAGCUAUAUAGAUAACGUAAUGAAAUGUCCAGUAUGCUGGAUAUAUUGCAGCUGAAGGUUAUUUAAUGAAAUGUCCAGUGUUGCAGCUGAAGGUUAAAGAUACAGGGUAGUGAGGAUUGUAAAAUGAGUUAGACCAGCUGCAGCUGCAAAGGGCUAGACUGGGGAGCUAGGUGAAAGAAAACAAGAACACAAGAAGAGGGAAGGGUUAGGAGAAGGGGUAGGGGUAGGUUUAGGGGAAGAGCGAUGGGGUAGGGUAAGAGUUAAUUGUAAUGUGUUGUGGAGAUUCUCCCUUCAGACCCUAUAAAGAGAUUCCCAGAGGUGUGCAUCAUGAGCCUGCACCCUGGGGCCUCGGAUACUAGAAAACUUCUUCUAUUAGCUUGACAUUACUUUUGAUAAUCCUCCAAUGUACCAUUUAAUCACUAACUGUGCUAAUUUAACAAUGCACUGUGUACUGUGUGCUGAGUCAUUCAAAUGAAUGGUGUUUCUGAAAAGAGCGUUUGGGUAGGCAAAGUCAUUCUAAUCAUUGGUCAAUUUUAAUUUAUUGUUCAGUUUGAUUAUAAAUAAACAUAACUGAUUUGUUAACUUAUUUAAUGAAAUGAUAUGAACACCUGAAAGCUGUGGUAUUUGGUUGUCAAAUAAGUGUGAUAUUUUUUUAAAACUGGACUCAGUGGCUAUGCUUUGUGGAUAAGGGUGGCAGCAUGACUUAUAAAUGUUGAAUGAAUGUUAUCUGUGUAAAAAUACAGCAUGGGGUGGAGCAAACUGUCCCCCAUCUGAAAACUGGAAAAGGCAAAUUGCAAACAACAAAGAAAACCUGCACUGCAGUGAAAUUAAAUGUUUGAUGUAUAUGAUCUGUAAGCCUGUCUUUCAUCGCAGCAGUUUUCUGUACAUUAAAUGUGUUAAACCUAGGUUUACCUUAAACUUGUGAGGAUUUGUCAGGUACCCUUUGGCUGAGAAACAUUUUAGGAAAAUAGUCCCAAAAAUGUUAGUAAAGGACCAUAUAUAAUUGGAUUAAAAAAAAAACUAAUUAUUAAACAUAACUUUGUACUUGUCAAUCAAUGCGUUUACAUGGCAGUAAUAUUUCACUAGUAUUCGGUAAACUAAAUAAUUUGAAUAUAUAUUCUGCCAUGUAAAUAGCAUAUUCAACAUAUGAAGAGGAAUAUUCCACUUCUGUAUCCGAAUAUUGGGUGUAGGAUAUUCCACUAGUAUGCGGAAUACUUGUGGAAUAUAAAGCCACGUGAAUGACUAUGAAGCGUAACCCACAACAGACACGUGCAACAACAAAUACAGCAGUAAACAUGACGGCACAUGCGAGAAAACGCAGCUACUUUUAGUUUGAUGAAGAGACAUCACUAUUAUUAAGGAUUUUAAAGUCAUAAAACAGCUUGACAGCAAGAAACAGAAGUGUUUAAAGGGAUAGCGGAAAAAAAUCAUGAAGGUGGAUUUGAGAGAACUGUGGAUCAAGCUCAUCAUGUGAUGUUUUAAAAGCACAGUACAAUAAAGCAAAAAGCAACAAAAAAACAACAAAAGUGGGGCGAACAUAUCAAUUUCUCCUUCAACCUUAUGAUUGACAUGCUGAGUAAUCACCCUUUGUCUUCACAGAGCCAGUACAGCAUGUGAAAGUGCAUCCCGUGAGAUAGUGCACCCCUUCAACGCAGCAGUGUGCCUUAACUUAUUUAUCAAAAGUGCUACUCACCAGUAAGUAUCAGGGCGCUGUAUAUAUACAGUAUAAAAUGCUCUUAUAAUUUGAGUACAAAAUCAUAUACAAAAAGCAAAUAUACAUCAAAAUUUACAAACAGCAUACAUUUACUUAUGUACAGCUCUCGAUAACAGAAAUAGCUUUUUGAAAAAGCGACUAUCAUGUGAUAGAGUUGGAACAAACUCCAGGUUGAUUCAGUAAACCAAUUAAUUAUGUUUAAAAGGGAGUGAGUGUGUGUGUUUCAGUGUGGGUGAUAGUAGGAGUUGAUUGGGAGAGUUGGAGAGCAAGAGAGUGGAUUAUUAUUACGGUGAAACUGGGCUGAACUAUUGGAAAAGGUAGUUGGAUUACGAUUUGGUUUUGGUGACAAGGUAACAGGCUUAGCCUGCCUUGUUAUUA